AUGGAGAGAACGGUAGACGAUGAUGGUGUGCGUGACGUAUCGUCACAGCAAUCAUCGUCACAGCAAGCGGGAGAAAAUUUGAUGGUUGAAAUGAUGAGAAUUUUUUUUCAAGAAAGAGAACAGGAGAAACUGGAAAGGGAAGCUUAUAAAUUACAAGAACAACGUGAUAGAGAACAGGAGAAACUGGAAAGGGAAGCUUAUAAAUUACAAAAACAACGUGAUAGAGAACAGGAGAAACGGGAAAGGGAAGCUUAUAAAUUACAAAAACAACGAGAUAGACAAGAAAGGGAACAAAAAGAAAGGGAAAAGGAACGGGAGACAGAGCGAAAAUGGUUUGACCUGAAUACCAUGAUUGGUACAAUGCAAAAUAGGUUAGAUAAUAUUGAUGCCAACUUAGAGGCAAGAAUAAGGACAGUCACGGUGGAAUAUAUCUCGGAAUUAAGUACUAAAGUUAAUGAAAGGAUAGAAGGUAUUCUGCAGAAGGUAGAUGCAUGUGAGAGCACAGUAGGUAACGUGCACAAAGACAUCAAAGUACAAAUCGAAAGUUUCCAGGCAGUUACAACAGAAGUUUCAAAAAAGUCCGCUGAGGUCGGAGCUAAAGUAAACAAGCUUGCAGACAAUGUCGUCACUCUGCAAGAUGCUUUGGAAGCGGAUUUGUGCGAUAUUGUAAUACUGAAGUCAAGUUAUGCCACGUGGAUGACACUAAAAACGGUGGAGCUGAAGAAUGAACUUGCUCAACUGAUUAUUCCACCUAUUAUCUGUCUUCGUAUCUUUCAUUUCCUUGCACUAUCCUAUUGUAGUUUUCUUCUUUAG